AUUUUUCCACGGGCUUGAAGUCCGCCGUCACACCCUACGGGUUUCAUGGUUACCGAAAAAAGCGUCAAACUUGUUUCGUCCAUCGUUUCAUCUGCACUGAAUGGGCUUUUAAAACCGGGGCUCAUGAUGAUAAUUCAGCAGUUUGAAUCUCGAGCUUCCAGUCUCGUCGACUCGAACGUGGUCGCUCGGCCAAGCUCUUCAGCUGCCUGCCUUCCGGUUCCGAGCUGGGAUUCCUCCCUCGAGGCAAUAGAUUUCAAAUGCCUGCCAGCAAGUGAUUUUCUCCACAGAAAUUGUCACUGGUCCGCAUUCAUAAUUCUAAUGCACACCGACGAAGACACUAUAAAGGCCUAAGGGAGUAUCAGAUAUCUUCUGAGUCACGAUACUGAGCUCGGUUCACUGCAUGCCUCGAGCACGAUUGAUCGAGCUUUGAGCCAGGUCAAGUUUCGAAUCACGUUUGGACAGAUGGCGAAGUACAUGGCUCAGGCGGCCAUAGCACUGCAAGUGCUAAUGGUCUUAGCCUGCGUGGCGUGGUAUAUGUUUUGGUUCACUCUGCCCAUUCUCGAUGCGCGGAACUGGAUACGCAGUAUCUUGGAUCCUAAAGCGAAUGUGGACUUCCUUGGAAUCAGAGGGUCAAUAUGGCUAAAUCAAAUUUUCGUAUGGAUCCUGGUGGCCGUGCUCGCGUACCCUGUCAUCGAGCUUCGUAAAAGGAUCAAGGCUGCCAAAACCAACCCAAAGUCCGAGGAGAAGCCGAAGAUUAGUAUCUGGCAGCAACCGAUUAUUCUAAAAGGGCCCUUGGGCAUGUUGACACUAGCGGACGUCAUCUUUAUUUCGAUUAUCGUUUUUCUCACCGUGUGGUACACGGUCAAGAACUGUGUGGACAGAGCUAAACUCAUCGACGCUGCCAAGCAAAAACCAGGAGCUCAUUCUCGGAGUUCACAAAAGCUGGAAUACGUUGGCAUUUACCUUGGAAAAGCAGCAGAGAUUCCUAUGACGCUACUUUGGAUUCCUGUAUCCAGAGCUUCCCCGCUCUUGCGUGUAUCCGGAAUCCCAUUCGAGCGUGCAGUCAAGUACCACAUUUGGCUAGGCAGUUCUUGCAUAUGGCUUCUCAUCGCCCAUGGCGUGGUUUUCUUCGGUUACUAUCCCAUGAUUCAUGACGUCUCUGGGCUGUGGUCGUGGAAGACAAGAGGCAUCGCGGUCUUCCCCGGUAUCAUUUCUCUUGCAGCUGGUGUGCUGAUGUUGGCGACAGCUUUCGAGAAAGUGCGCAGAGAAAUGUUCAACCUUUUCUUCAUCACUCACCAGUUAUAUCUGGUGUUUCUCUUGUUCUUCCUCUUCCAUUGCCAAUCCCAAAUGGUCUACGUCGUCAUUCCCGUUCUGCUUUUCUUCCUCGAUCGCUUCAUGCGCAUGGUGCAGUCCCGGAAAGCCGUGGACGUGCUCUCCACCAGACUCUUACCUUCCGGCGCCAUCGAGUUGAAGUUUGCGAAACCAGCGAAUUUGGAGUACAAUGCUCUGAGUUUCCUCUACGUGCUGUUUCCGACCGUUUCCAAAAUCGAGUGGCACCCAUUCAGCGUGGCAUCGAGUCCACUCGACGGAAGUAAUCAGAUCUGCAUAUAUAUCAAACCAUUGGGUGGAUACACGAAGAACCUCCACGACGCCCUCGUUGAAUCCAAGGCACACAAAGAAGCUGGAAAGAUCAAGUGCCCAUUUGGGUUCAAGCUCUCAGUCGAGGGACCGUACGGUGACGAGACAGACUUCUACUUGAAGAAGAAGUCCCUGAUACUGGUUGCCGGAGGGAUUGGAGUGACUCCUUUCCUGGCGAUUUUACGAGAUGUUCUCCACAGACAUAGACUUCAGCAGGAAGACGUGCCGACCUCUAUCAAGCUGAUCUUCUGUGUGAGAAGUGCUAGGGAUAUAUGUCUCUUGGAUACACUGAACCCGGAAGACAUCCUUCCAGGCUACGAGCAACGUGUGCAAAUCUCGGUACAUGUUUUCAUUACCUCGAAAGAGGAAGUUCUGAAGGAUGGCGAGUUGGAAUCCAUGGAAGGCGUUGUACCAUACGAAAGCUACAGAAACACCCGAACCGAUGAACGUGCCUUGUCGUUUUACGGACACCCCAUUGACGAGGUUCAAGCAAUGUCAGCCAUGGCGGCUGCAGGUGACACCAAGUGGGUUGCAGCUACGGUGUUCGCCACUGUCAUGGGAUAUGUUAUCAUCUGGGGCUUAUUCAACCAAUUCAUCGGCGGUCACUACACCAACUACGUCAGAGCGCUUCUUUACUGCGUUGCGAUGUUCUUGGCCGUGUGCGGAUGCGGAGGAGCUGUGAUGUACUUCUGGGAUCGAAGCCUCAAGAACACGAAUCUCAAAGGUAGCACUCAGGAUCUUGUUAACAGCAUGCCCCCAUCGCCUGUCAAGGAUGGCCAUGCCCUUCAGGCUGGCGGUGAUCUCGAAAGUCUUGGUGCUUCUCCGAGAACCGCUUGGCGAGGAGAUGUAACUCUGGGCAGGAGACCAGACUGGCAAGGAAUGUUUGGCGAGUUUGCCGAGCUAUACAGAGGAAAGAACGUCGGAGUCCUUGUAUCCGGUGGAUCGAAGAUGCAAGAGGACGUCGCCGCCCGCUGUAAGCAUCACAACAGCUUACAAGGCUCUGAAGUGGCGUUCCACUACCACUCCGUCAGCUUCGAGCUGUAAAUCGUCGACACCUUUGGUGUGGAAGUAGAGAUGUAUCCUAUUCAGUAGGAACCGAACCCCCCAACUGAGUGUCCAAGUUCAGAAACUAGGCACAAGCAGCAAUCCCUAUACUCCUAUUGAGCCCAUAUCCCUAUAUUUCAGUAUCUGAUUCUUAGAUUGAUCAAAUGGAUUACGUCGAGCUGGUGGAUGUAAAAAUAAUGUGGAAAGCUAUUUCUGCCUAAUGUAGAGCUACUCAGCAACUGUUGUUGCACUAUCUGAGCAUUAGACACCGGCACAGCCGCUUUUCAAAACCAUAGAGCACCGUAAGCCCGUCGCCAAACUUCUGAAGCGUGUGAUUUCGACAAGAUCAGAUGAGCUUGUGUAUCAUUUUGAAACC